GGCUGUGCGAGGAAGCCAGAGCACCCGGAGGGAACCCACGCAGACUCCACACAGAAAGGCCACUGGGUAGAGUUGAACCCACAACCUUCUUGCUGUGAGGCGACAGUGCUAAUCACCACACCACCGUGCCGCCCAUUAUCGGUUUUAGUGAACUUAAAAAAACAUUUUGCGUGAGUCUGCGCCUUUGUACAUGAUAUUACUUCUUUAUUCUUUAAUGGAAUAUCUUAUGCAAUCCUACAUUGUCUCAUCCCUCGUACACAUAACAUAUUCUUUGAGUUGAAAAUGGCAUUUCCUAAUGAAUUUUAUUGCAGAAAGUUGUACUUCACAAGUGAGAGUACUGCAGUGUCUGACUAAACAACUUCCCCUGUUCUUAAGUUCUCAGAAUUUAUUGGGUGUAAGAUACUCCCCACUUCUCCUUAUUCAUCUGUUAGAGCCACAAAGCUAAAUAACGGUUUCUCACCUCACUCAGAGUAACAACACCAACUGAACAUGUGGAAACAUGACAAACAAGGAACUGCCACGGCAAGGUGAUCAUGCACGACCCCUUCGCCAUGCGGCCGUUCUUCGGUUACAACUUCGGCGACUACCUCGCUCACUGGCUGAGCAUGCAGACCCGGAAGGCCCCCACUCACCUGCCCAAGAUCUUCCACGUAAACUGGUUCAGGAAGAACCCGGCGAACGGCGCCUUCCUGUGGCCCGGGUUCGGCGAGAACGCGCGCGCCCUGGAGUGGAUCUUCAAGCGCUGCGGCCGGGAGAGGGAGGAGGAGGCGGCCAAGAGGAGCAUCAUCGGCUGGCUGCCAGAGGAUGGCGCCAUCGUCACCAAAGGUCUGGGCAGCGAUGUGGAUAUGGGGGCCCUGUUCGACGUGCCUACUUCUCCCGGCAAGUUGGAGCCGAUCUACCUGCUCAGGUGGAGGCGGAGCUACACACACACACACACACACACACAGCUUAGAUCCCUAAUCACACUUAUUUGUUUUAUUCAUGUGAACAUGAACCCUGAGUCCUGAGGACCAGGUUGGGAUUUGGCUUAGAAACAUCUGACCCCUAUUUGGUUUUUACAAAAAGUUUGUGAACUGAAAUGCAGGUUUUAGAGAGUUCUAGUACUCGCUGCUCAUCAAAGAUGGUUUGUGUCAGUAUUUUAAUUGUUUGAAUUUCAAUGAUCUGAUAAAUGAAAAGCUCCAUUUAAAUAAAAUAAAAACAAUAGCCAGGCCAGUAAUCGUUCACUUUGUGUGUGUAAAAUAAUCACAACCAGUGACUCUCAUCUUUCUCUUUUAUGAAGGGAAAUCUGUCGGAAUAGAAAUGUCAGAGAUAAAAAGUCUACAUUGCAGCAACUUUGGAUGUGACUUUCCACUAAUGGAUGCCGGUGGGAGGAGGGAGGUUUGUCCCAACAUGAAGGUCAGAUUUCUCAGACGUUGAACAUAAAGAAGCUAAUGUCACUAAAACACAAUAAACACAACUUUGUUGUGCCUUUUGAGACGUUAAACAACCCAACUGUUGGGCUGCUAAUGUUUUCAUGCUGAAACCCAAAGAUGAUCUUUUGAGAAAAGUCACACAGUUUUAACCUUUUUUUUAAAGUGUAUUUUAGCACCAGAUCUUUUAUUAUACAAUUGACUGAGUCUCAGGAAAGGCCCUUUCUAUUUCUCGUUAAGCUUUGCAUUCAAAUAAAUUAAUAAAAAGACCA